UAAUUUCAAUGAAUAAGUGCCAGGCAAUCUCCUCUCAAAAAAUUAUAUUUUCGAAAAUAUGCAUAUUGAAUUAAAAUCCUGUAAGUCAAAAUAUCUGUAUAAUGAUUUUAUGGCGAGUCACCGUAUAGUCAUAUUGAAGUCAUAAAGUUUCAGUGAUCAAACUGAUAUUUUCCCGUCAUCUUGACGUCACCAUGACAUCAUUUUGACUUUUUGUUCUCCUUGGGAUGCUAUUAGGCUGCGUUUGGAAUAUAUGAGAAAUAAUAUAAAUUAGAAAAAUCUAAAGAAUAUCAUAACACGUUGCAAAUAUAUUUUGCAAACUUAAUAAUAUUUCUACAAGGUUACUGAAACAUUGUCUGUGAAAUAUUACAAUUGAAUGUCUCCGAAUAGUCCUUGCAAUAUUACAUUGCAAUUUGCAAUGUUGCGAUGUUUCUGAAAUGUUUCUGGAAGGUUUCGUGCUGUAUGGGUUUAAAAAUCACCCCGUUCGUUCUGCUUCGCGCCCGCGCGCGAAACUCGACUCCUCGUCGUCGACGAGGGGUUUCCGUUUCCCGGACGACGGAGAGCGCCGUGGGCGCACAACAACCGGCCGAGCCGAACUCGCCGUGGACGACGCCGUUGUAUCGCGAGAGGAUGUCGUUCGUCGAGCAGCCGUCGCUCGGGCGGGAGAUCGCGGUGCCGGCCAGGCUGCCGAUGAUCCUGAAGCAGUUCUGCAAGGCCGCGAUACGCACGCAGCCCUACGACCUGCUCAAGUGGUCCGGCUCGUACUUCCGCGCGCUGGCUGACGGCGAGGAGCCGCCGGUCAAGUCGCGGCUGGAGUACCCGCCGCCGAGUACCACGGCUUCCGGUUUGACCCUGGGCCUCCUCAGGGUGCUGCUGCGGCAGUUUGGAAAUUACAACAAGACACUGUCGGUCGAGACGAUCUCGCGCCGCUGGGACUGUCUCUGCCUGGACCGCAGGGACCUGGACACGAUUCUCGUGAUCGGGAGAUUUCGUCGCAACUGUCAGGUGAAGAGGUUUUUCGCUAUAGCGGUGGGUCUGCUAUGCGCCAAUCUCACGGAGACGAUGAUCAUGGUCUGCCAGUUGUUCAGCCAUGAGCCGGAUGGCGGGUCCGCGAUGAUCCCGCUCACCUUGUUUACGGAGAUAUAUGAGUAUCUAGCGGGCCUCGCGUGCGACGGCAACGAGAAAGACAUCCUCGAUCAGGACACGGAACGUACCGCGCGUAGAGAGAGUCUCGCCGAUCGCACCUGUUCCAUAAAUAGUCAGGACACCGACGUGGAUAUUAAUUCGGAAUUGAUAUCCAAAGACGAGGUCGAUUUGUCCAAAACCGACCUGUCGGAGCCGAUAGAGAAUAGUUCGGUCGAAAAGGAAGUUACUAAUUAUGGGGAAAAGGGAGACGAAUCUUCAAUUGAUCCGAAGGACGAUGCUUCAGCCGGCAAAGAUUACGCGGAUAACGACGCAAUUGGCAGGAAAUUUUGCGGAGUGAAGGACGCCAACGACGAUGGAAGCCUGUCUUCUGAAAUGGAGAAGGGUACGAAAUUUUAUCCGAACGUACCAGGCAUAGGGCCUCGCGUGCCAGCCGAGCGAGUUGCGAGCGUAACAACGUGGAUGCUCGAGUGCGCGAGGCUGCAGGAGGGUAUGGUCGGCCCGCGGAAUAUCCGGCACACGAGCUGCCCGCGUCUGCACGAACGAUCGACGUCGAAGUCAUGAUAACGCCAGGUCGUUCCGCAGCAAUGGCCACGGAAAACGCCGUCGUGUAAUGUGUGCGUAACUCGCGGACCGUAAGACAGACUGUCAUUCGUCUCAAUUCAAUUCAUUUCAUUACGUAUAAUCAGACCUUUUAUUAAAAUGCGAUUGUAAAAAUGUGUUUGUUAUAUCACAGAUAUAUCUGAUUUUAGAAUGAGUCAAGUCAAAAAAUUCUUAUCUAAUUUAUAAAUUAACAUUGCGAUAUAUUAAACUGAUAGUUAAUAUUAUUAGCUUCAUCGUGCAGCACUGUGUGCAGUGCUUCGAUAGUUUGGCUUUAUUACUAACCCGUACAGCACAGAUGGUUGCAGUUACAUUGCAAUCUUGCAGAGACAUUGCAGGGAUAUAAAAUUGCAAACU